GGCUGCUCGGGAAUCCUGCGAUAGGCCUCCCGAAGACGAUCCCUCUUUCAAACCCUAGGUUUUCGAAUCCAUACUCUGCAACAAGAACCCUAAAUUCAAUCGGUUCCUUUUCGAUUUCUUACAGCAAGAAGCGCUUAAGAUGCACAGCUUGUCGACGAAGAAGCACGGUCCGGAUCAACCGGACAUAGUUGGGCCCACGCCGAAAUCACAGCGGUCGAAAAUGGUCAAAUCUACGGAAGAUGGUGAGAAGAAGAAUUUGAAUAAAAGGCUCAAAGAUGUUGAAAUCAGUGUUCCAAUAGUGUAUGGUAACAUCGCAUUUUGGCUUGGUAAAAAGGCAAGCGAGUAUCAGUCCCAUAAGUGGACUGUUUAUGUUCGGUCUCCAACAAAUGAGGAUCUGGGUGUAGUGAUAAAGCGUGCCGUGUUUCAAUUGCAUUCAAGUUUCAAUAAUCCCACAAGGGUUGUGGAGUCACCACCAUUUGAGUUGUCGGAAGCGGGAUGGGGUGAAUUUGAAAUCGCUAUUACGCUUUAUUUCCAGAGUGAUGUUUGUGAUAAGCUAUUGAACUUAUAUCAUCAUUUAAAGUUGUACCCAGAGGAUGAAUCUGGACCCAUGUCGGCAAAGAAACCCGUUGUUGUAGAAUCCUAUGAUGAAAUUGUUUUCUCCGAGCCUUCAGAAGGUUUCUUUGCUCGUGUGCAGAAUCAUCCAGCCGUUAUUGUGCCCAGGCUACCUGCUGGUUUUAGUUUACCACCACCUGUACCUCUGGAGGAUGUAAAUGAAAAGAAGAGGUUUGACUCAAAAGACAAUCCUCUAAACCAGUGGUUCAAGAAUUUUUCAGAAGCAGAUGAACUACUACAACUUGCAGCAGCUCGGCAGCAGGUGCAAGCUCAUAUCGCUAAACUCAGAAGACAGAUAAGUGUAAUUGAUGGGCAGCAUCAACAGUUGAAACCCACAUCUGACCAGUGAAUUUACAGCGUUCCUACAAAUAUUGAGACUUCUAAUUGGUUUUGAUGAUGGAGAUCCAUGAUCACCUAAGAAUGUAAUGAUAUGUAUUUAUUCGGCCCUGAAAAGUUUGUCCUCUUUUCCAUUUUAUCUUCUUUUCUGUAUUUUUUUUCCUUCUCUAGAAAGCUGAAUGAUAAUGCUGCUCUGCAUCCAACUGUAAAAGGAAAAGGAAUAUAUUGUAGUUGGUUAAAAGGUCAAAACUGGUUUUACUUUAUCUUAUGAACUGUCUGCUGGGUUGAUUGAAUAGAAACCCUUUUGUUUUUUUA